GGCCAGGUACUCUCCCUGUGUGCUGUAGUGCUUUAGGAACCUUGCAGUGUCUAUGUCUCUCCUCCUGCCCAUGGCCACCAGCACCUGCUCGCGGUGGAACCUGCUCCUUCUCCCAGUGUUUUGUCUGUAUCACUUGUGUGAUGCUGGAACAGUCAUUCCAAGAUGUGCCCCCAGACAGCUGACCGGUCAAUGCAACAACACAGAGACACCAGUUCCAACUUCUCCAACCCCUGAGGUGAGGCAAUCAAAGUGUCCUCUUUCCAUGGAAAAUUAUUGUCUUAAUGGAGACUGUGUGUACAUUCCACAUGAAAACAUACACUACUGCAGGUGCACAAAAGGAUACAGUGGUGCUAGGUGCAUGCACUUUGAACUGGUCCAGCAACCAAUGAGCAAACAAGAUGUGGCACUGACGGUGGCUGUAACGUUCCUUGCUGUCGUGGGCCUGCUGAUUGUCUCUUACUUGAUCUACAUGAGGUUUAGGAAGAACAGAUCUAGACAUCAAUCACAAAACACUAGAGAGAAAGAUCCAACCAAAACUGAGUCUAAAGAGUUGUUCUUGGGGCAGGACUCAUUACCUCCAAAUGGAACAUUUCACAACCUGCUUCACUGCUAAACACAACCAGUAACUUGAAGAAUGUAACAUAAACACACUAAAAAAAAUGAUGUGGGAUUUUGGGCUAGCUUCAGCUGCAGAUGUGUUAGUAUUUGUAUCUCCGAGACACAGAGUUUGGAUUACUGUGAAAACUAGCCCUUUGUUUUGGAGAUAGUAGGAACUGCAGAUGCUGGAGAAUCUGAGAUAACAAGGUGUAGAGCUGGAUGAACACAGUAGGUCAA